CAGUAUCCCCAUCCAAAGCUGAAAGAUGGCCGAAAGCCAGAAGAAAGGAGGAGGAGGAUUUAAAAAGAAGUUCCUCAAGUUUAAAGGGUUUGGGAGCCUGAGCAGUAUCCCAUGGGCCUUUACCUUCCGCCGAGUGUCUGUCGCCCCCAGCGUUAUUGAGACCCCUGGAGGGGGUCAUUUGUCCUCAAACAGCUUCCUGGAGCCCACCAUUGAAAGCACACAGGAUGACUUGAAUACCAUGCCCAAAAGCCCAUCCCCUUAUGCCCGCUCGUGUGACAUGUACAGCCACAUGGGGACCAUGCCAAGGGCCAGCUGUGGGCGGUCAGGGAAACGGGACAAGGCUAAAGCCAGGGAGACCUCCAAAGACAGGAUUCAGGAUGCCCCAUUACCAGCUGUCCCAGAACCCUGUGUGACUGUUGUCGCGGCUAUCUUGAAAAAAGAGGCUUCCAUACCAGAUGAGGAAUCGGAGCUCCAAGAGACGCUGCCGCCCAAAGACAAUCCCAGCCCAGCCUGUUCCCAAACGAUGGGGCCUGUCGCUGUGACCACCAUCUCAAAGGGUUUUCCUGAGCUGGGGCAACUUGGUGAGGGCACAGGAGGCAAAGCUAGAGGGCAGGAGCAAGGCCUUCCUGAGGCAAAUGGGAUUGGUACUGAGGAACACAUCAGGCCAGAAAUCCCAGAGAAAAACAUUGCGUCCCAAGAACAGACGACUGAGGAGAAAAACUCACAGGAGAAUGCAAAUCUGAGGAACCAGGAUGGACUGGAAUCUGGCAGUGAAUACGUUAAGUUCUCUAAGGAGAAGUACAUCCUCGAUUCAUCACCCGAGAAGCUUCACAAGGAGCUGGAAGAGGAACUGAAACUCAGCAGCACAGACCUCCGCAGCCACGCCUGGUAUCAUGGGCGCAUCCCCCGGGAGAUAUCGGAGAGUCUGGUGCAGAGAAACGGGGACUUCUUGAUACGUGACUCACUCACCAGUCUGGGGGACUACGUGCUGACGUGCCGUUGGCGGAACGAGCCCCUCCACUUCAAGAUCAACAAGGUGAUGGUGAAGUCCAGCGAGGGCCGCACCCACAUCCAGUACCUGUUUGAGCAGGAGAGCUUCGACAACGUGCCAGCCCUGGUGCGGUUCUACGUGGGCAACCGCAAGCCGGUCUCGGAGCAGAGCGGUGCUAUCUUCUACUGCCCCAUCAACCGAACUUUCCCAUUGCGCUAUCUGGAGGCCAGCUAUGGGCUUGCCAACGGGAAACACAGUGGCUCACACAGCCACUCCGGCCAGAAAGGGGGGCACAUCAAGCGAAGGAGCAUCACGAUGACAGACGGAUUGACAGCUGACAAGAUCACAAGGGGCGAUGGGUGCCCAACAAGCGUCUCCUUACCACAUCACCGAGACAUCAUCCGUAACUGUGCCGUCAGUGUGGACCAGAUCCAGGAUCUCCACUCCCCAAUGUCUCCCAUUUCUGAGACCCCUGCAACGCCAGCCUACAGCACUGUGACACGGCUAAAGCCACAAGGCGGGCAAACCGGUGGCAGCCUCGCCCCCGGGUCCCCCGUCAUCAGGAGAUCCAGCGAGCCGCAGCUGUGCCAAGGGAGCAACGGCAAGGCCGAGCAGCCCGACAGCACCCACUCCACCCCUUCCCACGGAUACUCCCGGGCGUCCCCUUCGCCUUCCGUGAACAGCUACAGCGAUCCAGACACGGGACACUAUUGCCAGCUCCACCCCCCUUCCCCGAUCGGCUGGGAACGGGCCCCUCAGGACGGCAAGCAGGCUCCAGCCAAGAGCUACGUGGACCGGCUAAAGGGGGACGAGGUCCAGAAGGCGGGGCUGACGCUGAACGGCUCCGAGGCAGAGGCCGGGCCCAGGAAGAAGCCCGGGCAGGAUGCGCCGGGCUUCAGGGUCCCCGUGGUGGAGAGGAUCUCCUCUUUCAACCCAGCCGUGUUCCGCUCCCUCCUCAUCCCACUGGAAAACAAGCCCUUGGAAAUGGCCGUGCUGAAGAAAGUCAAGGAGCUCCUGGCAGAGGUGGAUGCGAAGACGCUCGCCCGGCACAUCACCAAAGUGGACUGCGCGGUUGCUAGGAUACUGGGCGUUACCAAGGAGAUGCAGAGGCUCAUGGGAGUGAGCUCCGGGAUGGAGCUGCUCACCCUGCCCCACGGACAUCAACUUCGCCUCGACUUGCUGGAAAGGUUCCACACCAUGUCGAUCAUGAUCGCGGUGGAUAUUCUGGGCUGCACGGGCAGCAUGGAGGAGAGGGCCUCCCUCCUCCACAAGACCAUCCAGCUGGCCGCGGAGCUGAAGGGCACCAUGGGCAACAUGUUCAGCUUUGCUGCCGUGAUGAACGCUCUUGAGAUGACACAGAUCUCACGCCUGGAACAGACCUGGAUGGUUCUACGCCAGCGCCACACGGAGGGCGCCAUCCUCUACGAGAAGAAACUGAAGCCUUUUCUGAAGAGCCUGAACGAAGGCAAAGAAGGACCCCCCCUGUCCAACACCACCUUCCCACACAUUGUGCCCCUCAUCACACUCUUGGAGCGGGACACGGCCCUCCCAGACAACCCUGAGCCCUGGGAGAACUUGGACGACGGCGUGGAGGUAGUCAUGGCCCACCUGGAGGCGGCACGGAUGGUGGCUCAUCACGGCGGACUGUACCACACAAAUGCAGAGGUGAAGCUGCAAGGUUUCCAACCGAGGCCAGAACUGCUCGAGGUCUUCAGCACGGAGUUCCAGCUGCGUCUCCUGUGGGGCAGCCGAGGGGCCGAGAGCAGCCAGAGCGAGCGCUACGAGAAGUUCAACAAGGUCCUCACCGCGCUGUCCCACAAACUGGAGCCGGCGGUGCGCUCCAGCGAAUUGUAGCCCGGCCGCACGGACUCUGCGCCAGACUAGCAAAGAAAGAUGCCGCCCGACCAGCAGCCUGCAGCUUCCUCUCUCCAUAGCCUGGGGAGGGGGUUGACUCAGGUCGACACGGGGAGAGCCCCCCCUGGUUGGAAUAUGGAAUCCGCAUCUGCGAAGACGGCAAGGGAUCAAGUGGACCUGCCAAGGAGUCCGCCGUCAUGCAGCAGUUACUGACAAUCAGCAUCCAGAAGGCGGAAGAAGCGGUUUCUUGCUCGGAAAAGCUGGCAACCCGUGCGUCUCCUCCUCGCUGUCGCCACCACCUUUGCAAAGAAGCAUGACAUCAGGCAGACUGUACGCCGCUGCUCUUGGGUGAUCUGCCUUCCUGAACAUGACCUGCUCCAAAAGACCCCCCAGAUCUGUGGCAAUGUAAAAACCUGGUAUGGAUUCAUACCUUGGCCAUGGCUGACUUUGGGGUCUCACAG